AGUUUUGAUGGCUUUGCCAAACAAGUGGCCGAUAUUGUGGGCGACAGGGGUUUGGAUACACUUAUUAACAAUGCGGGCAUUUUGUUGAGAAACACUCUGAAUGACGUGACCGCCGACGCUAUGCUCACCAACUUUGAAGUCAAUUCCGUGUCGCCAUUAAUUCUUACAAAAGCACUGUUGCCUGUGCUUAAGCAAUCAGGAGCAACCAAACGCAAAACAAGCGUGGUCAACAUUUCAUCAUAUCUAGGCUCAAUCGGUGAAGCGCAUAAGUUUGGACCGGCUUUGUAUUACCCGUACUGUACAAGUAAAGCGGCUCAAAAUAUGAUCACAAAAUGUCUGUCGGUUGAUUUGGCGCCACAUGGUAUUAUUGCUGUGGCCGUACACCCGGGCCACGUGCAGACCGAUAUGGGCGGUCCCAGAGGGGCCAUCAAUGUGGAGACCAGUGUUAAUGGUAUACUAAACGUGUUAAAUAAGUUGACUGAUACUGAUGCUGGUAAACUAAUUGGCUACGAUGGCACUUCGGUGUUGAUUACGGGCGCCAAUCGUGGCAUUGGUCUCGGAUUAGUGACCGCACUGUUGGCCAAACCCAACGGUGGACCCAAACACGUAAUCGCCACUACACGACAGGCCACUAAUCCAGCGUUGGAUGAGCUCCGGGACCAACACUUAAACCUACAUGUCCUACAACUGGACGGUACAGACUAUAAGAGUUUUGAUGGCUUUGCCAAACAAGUGGCCGAUAUUGUGGGCGACAGGGGUUUGGAUACACUUAUCAAUAACGCCGUUACCGCCGAUGAUAUGGUUACCAACUUUAAGGUCAAUUCCGUGUCGCCUUUAAUGCUUACGAAAGCCCUUUUGCCUGUCUUAAAACAAUCAGGUGCUACUAAACGUAAAACCAUCGUGGUGAAUAUGUCAUCUAUAGGUGGCUCUAUUACUGUUGCCCCUAACUUACUUCCAUCAAUGUACUAUCCCUACUGUCCGAGUAAAGCGGCCCUCAAUAUGAUUACUAAAUGCUUGUCCAUUGAUUUGGCCUCACAUGCUAUUAUGGCUGUUGCUAUACACCCGGGCAGCGUUCAGAGGGAUGUGGACGACACCGAUGGAACUAUUCCAAUGGAAACUAUAUUCACUUCAAUGAAAUCCUAUAAACAUUUCAGCAACCAAGAUUAUCCCAUAUUCGUAGUGCCCAUGAUGAGGUUUUAA